ACGACCUGACGUGCAGAUUGAACACAUGCCUGGCUUGCAGACAGCAAACUUCAGAACUUAUUCAAACCUAACGUUUGAGGUUAUACUCUUAUCCUCAACACUUUGUGUAGAUUCUCUCUGAAUAAUUUCCCUGAAUAGUUUUCAUGAAGAGGAACAGAAACUCAAGUGACUGCAAGUGAACUUGAGCAAACACGUGGUUUAAGACUGAGUCUUUGAAGUGUAGUAGAGAGAGAAACUAUUUGUAGCUCUGCUGGGCUUGUUUUUUGUUUUUUUUUGAGUUUAUACGUUCACAUUUUAUUUUAUUUUUUUAACAUUAGAGUGUCUCAUUUUUGAAGUUCUUCUUGAGGUUUUUGGAUGAUGAAGUGCAAGGUCUGUCUAAUCUACACCUCUAUAGCACUAGGUGUGCUUAUGCUCAUAGGAGGCAUUGGCAUCAUCUUGGCUGGGGAUUUGCAUGCACGAAUAGAGAAUAAACUCAAAGGGGAGAUCACACUGACUGAAGGCAGUAAAGUGUUCCAGUCAUGGAAGAAUCCUCCUCCUCCUGUCUUCAUGGAGUUUUUCUUCUUCAACGUCACAAACCCAGAUGGGUUCAUGAUUGGAGAGAAACCACGCCUCACACACAUGGGACCGUACACUUAUCGGGAGUACAGACCCAAGGCGAAUGUCACCUUUGUGGAAAAUGGAGCCAAAGUUUCUGCUCUGACCCCCAAAACCUUCGUGUUUGUGCCUGAAAUGUCAGCUGGAGACCCGAGUGUGGAUCUUGUAACUACUGUUAACAUCCCAGCUGUGGCGGUGAUGAAUAAGUUAAAGGGUGUGAGUUUUUGGGUCAGAUCAGGCAUCGCCAUGUUCAUGAGUUCAAUACAAACCACCAUGUUUAUGACGCACACUGUGGAUGAGCUCCUGUGGGGCUUUAAGGAUCCACUGCUCAGCCGUUUACGCGCUGCCAAACCCGAGGUGGACGAGAACUUCGGCCUCAUGCUAUACAAAAACGGAAGUAACGAUGGCGAGUUUGUUUACUACACCGGGGAAAAGAACUACUUGGACUACGGCCGCAUCGACACCUGGAAGGGUGAAAAGUUGAUGUCAUUUUGGGCCACCAACCAGAGCAACAUGAUUAACGGGACAGAUGGUAGUGCUUUCCACCCAUUCCUGACUAAAGAGGAGCGUUUGAAUGUAUUCACCGCAGAUCUGUGCAGGUCAAUCCACAUGUUUUUUGAGAAAGAGGUGGUGGUGAAGGGGAUUCCAGCAUAUCGAUACACUCCACCUCGUGCUGUGUUAGCCAGUGGGAAGAACAAUCCAGAAAAUGAAGGUUUCUGCCUUGAGAAAGACAAAUGCCUGGACGAUGGAGUCUUAAAUGUGGCAGUGUGUCGCAAAGGCGCUCCGGUCAUCGUCUCUUUCCCUCAUUUCUACCUGGCUGAUAAGAAAUACGUCGAUGCCAUAGAGGGAAUUUCACCAGUGCACGAACAUCAUCAGACGUUCCUCGAUCUGAACCCCACCACAGGUGUGCCAGUUCGUGCUGCUAAAAGAGCCCAGAUAAACAUUAAACUUGAUAGAGUUACCGGAUUUCCAAUGACCAGAAACCUGAAUGGCACCAUCUUCCCCAUCAUGUUCCUAAACGAGUCUGUCGUGAUUGACGACGCAUCAGCUCAGAAACUGCAGAAGCUGCUUUUGAUCGUGAAAAUUGUUCCAAACUUCCCAUACGUCCUGAUGGUUCUGGGAGCCGUCCUGUCACUGAUCGGCCUUUCCCUCUUCUUCCUCUCCCACCGGAAGAAGAGUUCUGGAAAGACCGAAAUGUCGUACACUUCGGUCAACAGAGACGACCCAGUCGAGAAGAACGGCACUUACAUCGGCUUGACGCCUGUGGAGAAGUCUUGAACAGGAGCUGCCGGUGUGAGAGUGUGUGUGUGUGUGUGUGUGUGUGUGUGAGAGUAUGAGAGAGAGAGAUAGAAUGAAUCAACUAUUAACUAUCAACUCAUUAGAGUUUGAAAGGUGACAUCAAUAGGCUUCCACUCAGGACAACCAUGGAGCUGUGAAUGAAUGAGUGAAUGAAUGAAUGAAUGACUAAGAGAGUCUAGAGUCUCGGAUUGAAUUGAAAUAUUUUCGUUAACGAGCUGAUGAAGCACCUGGCAUGGCAUUUCCGGUCAGAUUUCAUUUUCAGAGGUCAGCAGAGUUACAGGUCAUAAAUACGUAUCGAUUUUCAAUGGAAAAAAUGUCUAUUUUUAAGAAAGGAAAGAAAAAAAACAACACGUUGUAGACUAAAAAUGCUCCUGUGUUAUUUCACACUGCAGGGAUGAAUCAGAAUCAGCCAGGAGGCUGCUUCUGUGCCUCACAGUCACGUCCAAAAGUCUGAAUCCACUACCGAGAACUGUUUAUAUUUCAUCAGCGUUUAAAAUUGAACUGAUCGCAACUGAUUCCGUACACUAAUAUAAUUCCCGAAAAAAAAGUGAGGAAAGUGUUAGGGUGGAACAGAAGGACUCGAUUGCGUCAGCAUCAGGUGUUAGUCACGAAGGGCUGUAUUCAAAAUCGGUGACUUAAGUCCAAAAAGCAUUUGAGAUGGGGAUUUUGAGUAGCCUCUAGAGCACAGCCUUUAAAAACAAGUGCUUACCAUUAAACGAGGAGAGAAAAAAAAAUGAGGAAUGAGGACGGAAACAGUUUUUCUUCGCUGUCGGAGGAAACAGGAUAUAACGUAAAAAACCAUUAGACGACUGAAAGAUAUGAUGAUAUAUGAGUGAGAAGAUGCCAAGCAGUGAAAUAAAUCUAAUAGGAGUCUAGUACAUUGCCAGUAUGUUGCUGCGUGAACAGUCCUAGUUGGUGUAAUACACUGCAAAUCUGGCUUCAUUUAACAAAAUGGCUUGAAUCUUUAAUAUCUGGCAACUUAUAAAACAGCACCCGAUCCAGCACAUUAUAUUAGUCGACAUAUUUUUAUAUAUCGAGCACCAACAGUUACUUCUGCACACAGAUGAAAGAAAUCAAGGUCGUGAAAUCGUAACGUGUAUUCGGGAUAUAAUCUCUUUUUAUCGCACUUUUAAUUCGCUGUGUUGAUUUGUCACUUUAAUAAAACAGUGCACUCUCCCGCAAAGAACGGAUACGUCACCGUCUCCUUCGGGGUCCCCAGUUUAAAGGCGCUUUACCGGGACAAUACUAUUGAUCGAUUUAUGUUGUCAUACAGUGGAAAUAUGUGGUCAGUCAGAUUUAAGAGAACGUAAUCUGUAUAUUUUUGGUAAAAGAAAAGAAAAAAGUUUCUCAUCGAGACAUGACUCCGCGGCUAAACUUAAUUCAAACAAGUGUGUCAUUAGUAGACUGAAUCAUGUAGAGCGGUCAAUUCACAUAGCAUUAAAGCGGUUUACGAGGACGUCGGCGUGUCUAUCCGAACGGCGUUUUACGAGGACGUUGGCGUGUGUAUCGGAACGGCGCAGCAGUAACGUAGCUGUGGUGAAACCGCCAGCGGGCUGGCUUUCGAUCCUCCGCUCAGGUGAGAGCGUGGAGUUCGAUUUUAUCCAGAGUUUUGAAAAUACAUAGUCAAAUCAUGUCGAAUAUACGAAAACAAAUCGUAUGGAUGUAACUCAAUUCAAUGUACGCAUUUCAACUAAGUAAAGUCAAUGAGGUCCUAUAUAUAUUGGCCGCAAGUGGCAUUCCAUAGUUUGUAGAGAGUAUAACAUAAAUUUCAGCAUUGGACUUAAACUGGUCCUUGUCCUUUGAGUUCCUUGGUCCUCGUUCCUUUGAGUCAACAGCACACAAGAAGAAUUUGUCCGUGGUGAAAAUUGUGCAUAGCUGACAUGCACCUCUGUUUGACUCAAACUAUUCCCCACAUGCAUAACUCUUCUGUAACUUCUGAGUUCUGAAUACCGAUGUGCGCGUUUUUGGCAUUCAGUUGGUAAAGAACUCUGAAUACAGACUAAAAAGACCACAAUCAUUAAUCCUGUAUUAAAAGAUUACACGCGUCCUGUAAUAAACCACAUAUUCAGAUUCCAAUCAAAUGAGAUUCAUAUUUUUUUUUAAAAAAAUUAUAUAUAUAUUUAUAUAUAUAUAAUUUUUUUUUAAAGGGAUAACUCAUUUAUCACUUAUUUUUUAUGCAAGUAUUCGCUGAGUUGGUGUAUUUUUGGUGGUGAAUUGAAACUUUUAGACCUGCUUACGAGCAAAUUAUGAGACAUUGGAUUUUAACGAGUGUUAAAUGCACUGAGCAUUGUUACAUUUGAGCCCGCUCAUCAUUUCAUGUGUUUCAUCAAGUAUAUCAUUUUCGAAUAUGUUAAUAAGGAAGAGGAAUGAAUUCCUCGUUUCAGUUCAUUUUUCUUCGUUAUUGUAUUAUUAUUAUUAUUAUUAUUAUUAUUUUUGAUUGACAGAAGAUGCUGGCUUGUUUGAUUGCUUUGGUAUCUGCAGUAAAACUGCCGUACCAACUGUUAGUGAAAGUUUUAUUGGAAUGGGAUGGUUACGCUAACCUUUCAGCUUAUGUUACUAUUGUUACUGUGUUUAUUUUUAACAGCUAUCACAGACCCUAUUGCCGAUGACGUGAAUAUUAAUACGUACUACUUAGUCAUAUUGCACUAAAACACACCCAGUGUUAUGUUCAUGCGCAAAGCAUUGUUGUUAAUUAAAUGUUAUAUUCAUUUGCCUGGUGUUCCAUUUGUUAAAGCCCCUGUUCUGUUUCAUUUCUAACAAUGGUGUGUCCUAUUAUCUCAGAUUUACUUUUAGAUCUCGGCGAUAGUGUUAGCAAUAGCAUUUCUUCUUAAUUAUUAUUAUUAUAUCUUAUUUCCUUCUUAGUGUGAACAGCAUUGAUCAAAACAGACACAUGAAAGCACUUCGCAUGUUUGGCGAUCCUCCUGAUGGCAGGCGUGUUUGUGUAUAAGAGAUGACAGAAUUUAACAUCUAAUGUGUUCAAAAUGGUUCAAAUUUACAAACACCAGCUGUUUUCUCAGGUUCGAAAUGACCCGAAUAUAAUCUCGGUAAUGUAAAUACGAUUAAAAUAGGAUUUAUUUUUUCCAUAGUCUUUGGAGACGUUGAGCCAAAACAUAAAAGUGAAAAGUCCAUGCCGAUUUUUUUGUACAAGUGCAAAGUGUACUAAUUUCCAGCUUUUAGCACAAAUAUGGAAUUAUUAAAAAAAAAAAAAAAAAAAAAAAAAUGUUGUCGCUACAAUCUUCAAUUUAAAUGUAAUCUAUAAAUGUCCUUUGUACCCUGGAUUAUGGGGUUAAAAAAAUAUCCAUAGUCGUGAAGAUGCCGUUCGAACCAUAUUUGCAUUAUGUGGAAGUAUGUGAGGAAGAAAAAUUCUAAGUUGUGCCGUGUUUGUUCGAUGCUUUAUGCAAACAGGUUUAUUGAAGUUUAUUUUAGGAAAUUAUUCUUCCUAACCCGUAUGUAUGAUACAGGCCCUUGCAUUUCAAAUUGUAGAAAUGUCUAUACAAUAUUUUGUAUAUAUAUGAUAAGCCAUUGUGUGUCAUACUUUGAGUAUAAAUAAAACUAAAUCCGUUGUUACUAA